UCCACAUAAAUAAUAGCUUCUUGUUGGUGAUAAGUCCAUCUGAAGAUGAAGAAAGGUUCUCUUGCUCUCUUCUUCCUCCUACUCACCAUUGCCUCCCAGGGAAUAUGGUGUGCUGCUGACAGAAGCCACAGGAUUAAUGGAGCUCAUCUGAGACCUCAUCUCCAGGCUGAAGAAUUACACGUCGCUGAAGGCAAGAAGCCCCUGGAGAUUCAGGUUCCCAGGAAACUUGGCCAAGCAGACGAACACAGACGGUACCAUGAGGCGAAGGUUCCCAAGAGAAUGGCCAUAGCUCACAAGGGUGGCAGCACGGGCGGCGGCACAACCGGUGGCGCCAGCAAUGUCAAUGGCGGACCGGCGUCACACGCUGGGAGGAAAAGCGCGGCGUCGCUGCCGGUUCCGGCGACGGCGUCCAUCCUGGCACUGGCCUUCACCUGCGCCAUUGUUCUAUCAGCUUUCAGCUUCUGAAGACUGAAGCUGUGUGUGUAGGUGAUGUUCUUGCAAGAAAGGUAUUAGUAUCACAGUAUGUCGUGUUAGUGGUGUCGUAUUCUCUGAAUUUGUGUAUCCAGCUUGUCAGAAGUGCACUGAAAUUGUUUCUUGGAUAAUUCGCAGCUUCUAUCUUAUACUCUUGAUUUAUCAUGUGCCA